AUGACUAUAUUGAAGGAUAACGACAUAACCAUGGUUACCGCUUCAGGGCGCGCACCACCAGAGCCCUACUACGGUCGCUAUAUCGGACAAUUUACCAAUUUUGCACACGGGAUAAGGGGUACCAUUUAUGCAGUCGACGAAUCGACGCUCUUCAUCAAAUCCUUUGCAUACGACGGCACGGGACCGGAUGCAUUCUUCUGGGUUGGUAAAACUCCACGUCCCAGUCCCGAAGGAUACAUCAUACCAUACCCAGAAGAGUAUGCUGGCAUGUAA